AUAAAGGACAUUCUCUCUAAAGUUCAGAAUAACCAUGUGGGGAAAUCACUGCUAACAAAACCUCUGAAUUCUGACCAAGUGGAAAGAUUGGAAAAAAUCAAUGAUGCUCUUCGCAGCGAGUAUGAAUGUCGCCGACGUAUGUUAAUGAAGAGGCUGGAUGUGACAGUGCAGUCUUUUGGCUGGUCUGACAGAGCAAAGGUAAAAACAGAUGACAUAGCACGAAUUUAUCAGCCCAAGCGUUAUGCAUUAUCUCCAAAGUCAACUAUUACAUUAGCUCACCUUCUUGCUGCUCGGGAAGAUUUAUCAAAGAUCAUAAGAACAAGUAGUGGAUCAACACGGGAAAACACAGUGUGUGCUAUCAACAAGGUUCUGAUGGGGAGAGUCCCUGACCGUGGAGGCAGACCAACAGAGAUUGAACCACCUCCUCCCGAAAUGCCUCCUUGGCAAAAGAGACAAGAAGGUGGUGGAAGAGGUGGCUGGGGAGGUGGGGGUGGUGGUGGAAGGGGCAACUGGGGUGGUGGAGGGGGUAGAGGAGGAGGAGGUGGUUUUGGAGGUGGAGGUUUCAGAGGUGGUGGAAGAGGUGGAGGUGGCUUCCAAGGUGGGAGGGGAGAUUAUGGGGGUAGGGGAGAUUAUGGGGGCAGAGGAGGUUACAGGGACAGGGGAGGCUAUGGUGAUCCGUAUGGUGGACGAGGAGGGGGAGGGUACCGAAGAUACUAA